UUUCCGAUGGAAGCGGCUCGAACCCAACAGGACGAAACGAACGAAUUAUCCUACAUCGUAGAAAGUGUGCUGAAUUGACUAAAGCGAGCGCACAUAAUGGGCUGUAUGGUUGUCCGAAAUGCACUACACGUGGGCGCAGCAUUGGGCACAGAACAGUGUUCCCCAAUAUCGGUUUUGAAUUGAGGACUGACGAUUCAUUUUUAAAUUUGUCGGACCCCCAUCAUCUGUCAGAUCGAUUACCUCCGUUGGCAACGAUAGGAAUUGGGUGUGUUUCCUGUGUACCAAUCGACUACAUGCACAAUGUAUGUUUGGGCGGCAUGAAAUCUCUUCUGAAGUUGUGGGUGGAAACUUCAGGUAAGAGUUAUAGUUUGACACCGGCUCAGAAAUGUAUCAUCGAUUCGCGCAUCGAAGCUGUAAAACGCCAAGUAUGCACCGAUUUUUCUCGGACUCCACGACCUCUGACUGAUUUGAAGUGGUUCAAGGCAACAGAACUACGAUUAUUAUUGUUGUAUUUGGGACCGUUUAUAUUUUUAAACGUGAUGAGCGAUGCGUAUUAUAAUCAUUUCUUAAAACUUCAUGCAGCCAUUCGCAUAUUAUGUCAUCCUGUUAAGUAUCAAACGGAAAAUGAUAAAGCGAAGAAUUUACUAGAAGCUUUCGGCCAUGAGUUCAUGACGUUGUAUGGAGAACAUCGGUUUGUUUAUAAUUUUCACUUGCUCACACAUCUGCCCGAUGAUUGUCUCCUACACGGCUGUUUGGACUCGUUUUCUGCCUUUCCGUUUGAAAAUUAUAUGCAAACUUUGUUACGCUAUGUAAAAAAAUCAUCAUAUCCCUUACAACAGUUUAGAAAUAGAUUUGGUGAGCACUUGAAGUAUGACGUUACGAAAAAAGCAUUGCUACGGCAACGAGGGUCAUCCUACUCUGUGAUCACAAACAGACAGAAUACUAUAAUUUCGAUAGAUGGAAGAGAUAACUUCAUAUGUAAAGAAAAUCAAAUUUUCAAAGUGCAAAACAUCAAACGAGUAGGUAAACAUAUGAUUCUCGACUGUAAUGCUGUAAUGGAAUUGAACUCUCUAUACGUUGAACCUAUGGAAUCAAUUGCCAAUGGAGUUUACUAUUGUCGCGAUGAGCUUAUAUUUUGUGAUGUAAUGAUGUCAAUUGACGCAAAUGAGGUGACCAAAGUACAACGCAUAGUGCUCGAUGAAAUAACAGGUUUUAUAGAAGUAUUACAUACUGGUGUUUAAAAAUGAUUCCGUUUGGUAUAAAUGGCUAUGUAGUAUUAAAUAUUAGAAAAAAUAUAAUAUAAUGUUUUCAUGUUUGAUCCGAAAAUUUAAAUACAAUACGUGGCAUUCAAACUGGUCCAAAGACGGUGUAUUUUUUUAAGACAUAGUUUCCCAAACUGUGGGUCGCCCUCAGGGGGGUCGUAGACAGGUCUCUAGCGGGUCGCGAAAAAAAAUCUAGUUAUAGAGUAUCUUCUGUAUUCUCGGCAGUUUUGUUAUACUUCACCAUAAAGGAGCUUUGUCGGCCGAUUAGCCUCUAAUUUUAACACAAGAUGCGUAUUAGUACGAAAAAUGUUGAUGCAAAUUUUUAGCCCAUUGAGUCGCAAAAAAAUUACAAAACGAAAAGAACCGAAUAUACAACAAAUUCCCCUAAAUUGUAAGUAUAUCGAUUUUUACUUUUUUCACGGUAGAAGAUCUUCAACUUUUGUCUGAAACACGGGCUUCAGAUACAUUUUCAUUAAUUAAAUGACUCUUUUUUAUGCAUUAUGAUCCACUUUGUCCUAAAAAAUGCAUUUUUUGGUCAAGCUUAAGCCGACAUGACCGUCAAACAACCUAGUACCACAUAAAUGCUUAAAAUGCCCUUUGAAAAUCCCAAAAUGAGCCUGAAAAAGCUUAACCUAUUUUAAACAUCUCAAUUCUUCCAUGAAAAGAAAAAUUUGAUUGUUGGUCGUACUCUGCAAAAGUUUGGGAACCUCUGCUUUAAGGGUCUAGAUAAGUCUCAUCUUACAAAAUAGAGAGGUAGUGUUUUGGGCUAAGUACUA